GUUUGAUGAUAAACCUCAAGAAGUUAUUAAAAAAUAUGUGUAUUGUACCAAAAUGACGAAGCUUAUAUUAUUCGUGAGUGUUAUUUUAGCAGCUGCAGUUUCGAGCGACGGAGGCAUUAUUCAAGAUAUUCUGGGCUCUGUUAACUCAAAGUAUGACUUCAUUGUUAUAGGAGCAGGAUCUGCGGGUAGUGUGGUAGCAAACCGACUGUCAGCUAACCCGAACUGGACAGUUCUAGCUCUUGAAGCUGGUAUCAAUGAAAACUUUUUAAACGACAUUCCCAUCACCGCUUGGUUUCAGUCAAAAUACCCCUACGACUGGGGGUUUAAAACUGAAAAACAGCCAAACGCAUGUCUGAGUACCAUUGAUGGAACGUGCCUGAUAGCUAAUGGAAAGGCCGUUGGUGGAACGUCUGUUACCAAUUUUAUGGUCUAUAACAGGGGAAAUAAAGAAGAUUAUAACGAAUGGGCUGCUUUAGGAAACAAUGGCUGGAGUUACGACGACGUUCUGCCUUUUUUCAAAAAAUCUGAAAAUUGUGAAAAAUGUACCGAUAUUGAUGCAGGUUAUCACAGUAAUGACGGACCCUUGAACAUAGAACCUCCUGGCUGGGAAUCCCCCUUAGUGGACUUGUUUAUAAAAGCUGGAGAAGAACUUGGCUAUUCUCAAAACGAUCCGGAUGGCAAAGAACAAUUGGGUUUUUCUAAAAUUAGAGGCACUGAAAGACGAGGACGAAGAUGUAGCACUGCAACAGCUUUUAUUAAGCCCAUAUUAAAUAGAUCUAAUUUUAAUCUUCAGUCUGGUGCCAGAGUCACCAAAAUCUUAAUCGAUCCCACCACCAAGAAAGCUCACGGAGUAGAAUAUAUAAAAUAUGGAAUCAAACAUACAGUCCAUGCUAGGAAAGAAAUAAUUUUAAGUGCAGGUACUAUAAUGAGCCCUCAACUUCUUAUGACAUCAGGAGUUGGUCCACAAGAUCAUCUGACUCAAAAAGGUAUAACCUGCCUCAAGGACUCAAAAGUUGGAUACAAUUUACAAGAUCAUAUUGGCGUAGUUUUUCAAGCUCUAUUUGUUAAUGAAAGCGUUACCUUCACUGACGCAGACUUUUUCAAACCUCAGAAUUGGUACGAAUACCUAGUAAAUGGAAAGGGAGUUCUAACAUUACCUGGAGGCUCUGAAGCUGUAGCUUUCGUAAAGUCGAAAUACGCUGAUCAAAAUCUAGAUUAUCCAGAUCUACAAUUAGUUCUUGGAGCCAUAUCUUUUAACCAACUUACUUUUGCAAUAAUGGGAAAUAGUGCCGGUGUCCCAACAAAAUUGUAUAAUCAAGUGUUUGCGCCCCAUGUAGGAACACCAUCAUUCGGAAUCAAUCCAUUCGUUCUGAGGCCUAAAAGUAGAGGAAGAGUUUCUUUAAGAACCAGUAAUUCACUAGAUAAUCCUAUAAUAGCCCCUAAUUACUUUAGCCAAACUGAAGAUGUAGACGUUCUUGUCGAAGGACUUAAAAUGGCAAUACAAAUAGCAGAGUCAGAUCCGUUCAAGAGGUAUAAUACAAGACCGAACAAAUCACCGUUUCCCACUUGUGAAGCUUUGGAAUUCGGAAGUGAUGAAUAUUGGAAAUGUGCAAUUCGCCAAGUUGCCAUGUCUGGUCAGAACCACGUAGGUACUUGCAAAAUGGGACCCAGUACCGAUGGAGAUGCUGUUGUUGAUCCGUCACUUAAAGUACAUGGUAUUGAUGGUCUACGUGUAGCUGAUGCGUCUAUCAUGCCAAAUGUUGUUGCAGGAAAUAUAUUUGCAGCAGUUGUUAUGAUUGGGGAAAAAGCUGCUGAUAUGAUUGCAAAAGACUGGUCAGUCUAACUGAAAAUAAUUUAUAGAAAUAACAAAAAAUAUAUAUUUUAAAUGUGUUAA